AUGCAAGACGUUUCCCAAUGGGUCGCCUUACUCAGGAGCAAUAUCUUUUGCUUAUUAAUUAUUUUUUUAAAGAUAAUUUCGAGUUAAUUUAAUAAAAUAUCGAAACAUCUUAUAUUUCUAAAAAAUUAAUUUCCAUUGAUUUUGUUCCCUAGCAAAAGGAAGAUUAGCAAGCACUCUUAGCGAAAAUAAAAACAAAUUUUUUUCCCACAUUGAGCCCAUAAAAGAAGCUGUAAACACUAUCGAAGAUUUUUUGGAGGAAUCGAAAAAACAAAUGGAUUCUUUAUUAUCGAAUGAAAAUAUUACCGAUCUCGACUUUAAAAGCCAAAUUUCUCAUAUAAGGAUAUUAACAAAGCUGCUGUUUCAAAAGAGAAAAUCAAUGAUUUUAUGUUGUGUAAAAAAGUGCAUAGAUAGCUUAAAAAAAUAUGAAAAAUCCAAAAAUGACAAAAUUAUGAAAGAGAUCUGUGUUGAUAUUCUAACUCCCCCUCCGUGAGCGAGCAAACCAUUGGAAAAAUCCCUAUUAUUUGGGUAAAAACUCACCCUCCAUCAGCAAACAAAAAUUUUUAAUAUAAAAAAUUUUGAUAUCUAAUUGAUAAUUAUUAUAACGAAAUCUCAUGCUAAUUCUGUUUAUUUUUAAACAGCUUGUAUUUUUAAAACAUAAAUUCUGCAUUAAUUUUUAUUUCUCAAUUUUUACAAAUUUCAAAAAAAAAAAUCUACUAUAAAGUUUUUUAUAUAUAUUUAUAAAAAAAAAUUAAGGUCUGUGAGUAAACAAAAUAUUUUUGUUCACACAGAGGGGGUAAGCACAAUUGAAAACGAAAAAGGACUGCCUAAAACUUCUGAGGAACUAAAAAAAAUCAAUAAGCUGAGGACGAUCACAGAAAAAUUGAUAAAAAACUUGGAGAGUACAUUAGAAGAAGAUAGUCAAAUUUGUAUAAACGUGAAAGCAUAA